AUGUACAGCCGAGCCGAACAAAUAGUGUCUCUGUGGUUGCUACAGGUGACAACAGGGAUUCCUCCACCGACAGAGAAGAAAAAAGCCGGGGCGGAUCCAGCAGCAGCAUCCUGGGGGCUAGCGGCAGCCGGUUGGGCGCUGGUCGUUGCAAGCCGAUACGUCGUCACCGGCGGCAGCGGCGGCAGCAGCAGCAGCAAACGCAGACUGGCGUUGUUGGUGGCAGAACUCCCUCUCGACUUGUUGGUCGCGCUAGCCCCCUUCACCCGAGGCGGCCGCGUUCCUCAUCGACGAUGCGCGCCAUUCCGUUCCGGCUGCCGCAUCAGUCGCACCGCUAUGCGGAUCAUCGCAGUGAUUCUCGUAGGCGCCCUGGUGGUUGGAUUAGCGGCGGCGCAGAAAGUCGAAUCCGACUACGACGACGACUACGACUAUGAUAACGAGACCCCUGUAAAAGACACCCCUGUCAAGGACUCGUCUGCCAAGAAGGACACCGUCGCUAAGGAUACGAAGACGAAACAGGCGGCUAAAGGAGCCGCCACCGUUGCCGUUGCGGAUGAGGACGAUAACGAAGAUGCCCCCAAAAAGAAGCCCGACAACCCCACAUCGAUCUUUCUGAAGCCACGCAACACUCGCAACAAGAUAACGCCUGCACCUUUACAAAGACCUAAGCCCACUUUGCCACCUUUCGUUAAGCCAACGACUGGUGCCGGCCCGCCAUCGACGAUUGGCCCACGAACAACGAAGGCUCGUCCGACAGCAAAUGCCCGAACUACAACCACUACGACUAAGAAACCCAAACGAGGAGGAUCAUCACCAUCGUCGUCGUCGUCGUCUUUAAAUAACAAUAAGAAGAAUUCCCGUACAACGGAGACGCCCGCAAAAGAAACUGGGCGUCGGUUCGGUGGCUCUUCGAACAAACCGAACAAUUCGAAAUCAUCACGAUACAACAGAGAUAACUGAGAAUCUAACAAAACUCACAGCCAACGUCGUCAACUUUCUUUUUGUCAAUAACAAAUAAUGAGUGGCCGCUUAACACAAAUAAUUAUAACAAUAAAUAACACACGGGGCGGACAUUCGGAACUGUGGAGUCAUCGAAAGGCGCUGAAUUGUCUACGAGCGUCGAUCUUCAGCGAGAGAACUCUGGCGAAAACACUGUUCGUACACGAAUCCACAGAAAAUAAAUCUCGUAAAAACAGAAUGACGGUUCUGAAGCUACCAAACCUGAACAAUUAAUUCAUAAUUAAAUGCCAAAUUUUGUAUAUUUGCAUUCAUAUGUAAGAGAGGUGCUACGACUACUAUUAUAACGUUGUGAUUAUGUUAAAAUAAAUAAAUAUUAGAAUAUAUAUACACUAUAAA